GAUGGGCACCGCAGGCCUCAGGGAGGAAGGUGGCUGGUCUCCGCUCUGCCGCGGCCGCGCCCCCUCCCUCCUCUCUGAGCCGGCUCCGGGGUGCAGGAGACCCAGCCUCCCCGGGCCCGGCGGGGACUGUCCAGCAGGAGAGGCCCCGCUGGCCUCUGCCUUGUCCCCGAGCACAGACGUUCACUGAGUGUGCGCCUCGUGCCGGGCACGUUCUGCCCCUGCCCACUCAGCCCCGAGCUCGCGGAGGAGAGGGAAAGGGCAGGCGCGUGGAGCGGGGCGGCUGCCCUGUGAGCAGGUGUGUGAGCAGAGCCCCGAGGAGAGGACCUGAGGCGGAGGCCGUCGGGGAGCGAGGGUGGCGGGGCGCCUUGAACUGACCGGUGUGACCCCCGGGCGGCCGGCGAGCACAGCCAGGCUUUGACUCCUAGGGUGUUGCUGUGGAUUCGCUCGUUUUAGCCUUUUCUUUCGAUCUUACUUUCCAGUCUGCAAGGCCUUCUCUCCCGGGUGAGAAGCCCAGGCCGGGAGGAGCCACUCUAGUGACCGAGAGCUGUGCCCUUGGGGUCUGGGCCCUGUUGGGAAUCUGGGCUCUCUGAGCACGAGAGGGCGCGGGCCGCCCUCCUGCAGGGGCCAGACAGGUUCGGGGGUGUCCCCCAGGUUGGCCUCUGGCAACCAUGGCUCUCAGGGCCGCCCGUCUGUCCAUACCUGUCUACCCCACCAGGUUUUUACGUUUCCUCAAGUUUCCAAGAGGCCCCCUGGGCAGAGACUUUGUGAUCUGAGGCCUGUGAUUCUUUCAUGAGCCCUGUUUUGGGUUCCAGGGGCCUGAGGGCGUGUGAGUGAGCUGUGCCCCGGCUUCCGGCUGACUAAGAUGGGGGUGCCGGGCCGGGCUGGGCUGCCCUCCUGGCACUGCCCGCUGCUUUGCUGGCCUCUGGGCCACAGCGUCCAUCACUGUGUUCGCCGCGCUCCCCCUGCCUUGUCACCUUCUUCACGAGGUCGGGACCGGGACGAGGUCCAGGGUCCCCAGCAGAAGCAGGACCGAAGGCCGGGUCUCUCAGUGCCGGCCGAGUGUGGCCCCACUCCCACCGUGGGCCAGCCGCGAGGUCCCAUCCGGAUCCUUCCCCGCUCCCCUCCCUCCCUCGCAGCCCCGCGCCACCGGCUGGCGCUCUCAGGCGGGAGGGUCCCUGCCUCCGUGCCCUCCUGGGAGCAGCCGCUGUGUGCCGUGGGACCGACACCUGCUCCAGGUUCUCUGGGCCCAGGAGGGUCUGGAGGGUCCGUGGAGCUGGGGAUGGGCCCCAGUGUAGCGGGGGAACCCCUUAGGAACCAGGUCCCUGUGUCCACCCGAGGCAGGCCUGAGGCCUCAGGCACAGGGCGGCCCUGUGGUGUGCAACCCCCCAGGCAGGGCCAGAGGUGACUUUUCCAGCUGUUCUCGUCACACCCCAGCGGGGGGAUGGGGGUCUCCCUGCGUCGCAGGCUCCCACACCUGGGCUUCUCCUGGAGGUGGGGCAGGACCCCCGCUGCAACGACAUGCUUUCUCCCAGUCUACCUUCCUGAGCCUGAUGACCUCCACGGCCAGUGAGGCUGCGUCCUAUGAGUUCACAACCCUGACCUGCAUCCCUGGGGUCAUUGAAUACAAAGGCGCCAACAUCCAGCUCCUGGACCUUCCUGGAAUCAUCGAAGGCGCAGCACAAGGGAAGGGCCGUGGCCGGCAGGUGAUCGCCGUGGCACGCACAGCCGACGUCGUCAUCAUGAUGCUGGACGCCACCAAGGGAGAGGUGCAGAGGUCCGCAGUUGGGGUGGGGCAGGCUGACAGCCUGGGAAGGCCCUGCGGGGGGAACAGGACACUGGCCACCACCCGUGUGUCCCUGAGUUCGUGGUGGGUGGUCCCAGGGGUGCUUGGCCCUCUGCCACGUGGGAGCAGUGGCAGGACUGUCCACGGCUACACCCAGUGCAGGCGGCCUGGGGCAGCCUCCCCGAGAGGCUUGUGUCUGGAGGAUGGGGCUGUGCCGUGCCACCCAGGCUCUGGCUCCUGCCUGCAGGGGCCUGGGUGCCCCGUUGCUGCCCAGAGUCUGCCAGGAGCCCGGCCCCAAACAGCAGAGCCUUGCUCACGCCCUGGCUUGCGGCUGAGGGCACAGCAGGCCAGUCUGCACCCUGGCCGCACACCAGCCGAUCUCCCCUCGGACCGGCCAGAGGGUCUGGGGCUCCUCCUCAGCACCUUUGGUUGCUGGGAGGGGACGUUCGGCGGCUGGUGGCGGGUGCGGGAGGGCCGGCCGUGGAGAGUGGGGGCCGCACGGCCUGCCCCGGGCACCUGUGAAGGCCACGGGGGCUCCACCAGGUCCCUGCUGGAGAAGGAGCUGGGGUCGGUCGGCAUCCGCCUCAACAAGCACAAGCCCAACAUCUACUUCAAGCCCAAGAAAGGAGGCGGCAUCUCCUUCAACUCGACGGUCACGCUGACGCAGUGCUCAGAGAAGCUGGUGCAGCUGAUCUUGCACGAGUACAAGAUCUUCAAUGCGGAGGUGCUCUUCCGAGAAGACUGCUCCCCGGACGAGUUCAUAGACGUGAUCAUGGGCAACCGCGUGUACAUGCCCUGCUUGUAUGUUUAUAACAAAAUCGACCAGAUCUCAAUGGAGGAAGUGGACCGCCUGGCCCGGAAACCUGACAGCGUGGUCAUUAGCUGCGGCAUGAAGCUGAACCUGGACUACCUGCUGGAGAUGCUCUGGGAGUACCUGGCCCUGACCUGCAUCUACACCAAGAAGAGAGGCCAGAGGCCGGACUUCACGGACGCCAUCAUCCUCCGGAAAGGGGCCUCUGUGGAGCACGUGUGCCACCGCAUCCACCGGUCACUCGCCAGCCAGUUCAAGUACGCGCUGGUGUGGGGCACCAGCACCAAGUACAGCCCGCAGCGGGUGGGCCUGACCCACACCAUGGAGCACGAGGACGUCAUCCAGAUCGUGAAGAAGUAGCGGCCCCGCCCCCGCGGGACUCACCGGAGCCUAAACUGGGAAAAUACAAAUGCACCCCAGGAAGGGGCCUCUCACGUCUCUGCUGUUUGCAGAAAUUUCUUCAAUGGGCAGAUUGGUGGAGAGCAUGCUGGGGCCUUGGGAUGAGGUUGGGGAUGGGCUGGGCUGGCGGCAUUUCCCGUGAGACUGGACUCUGGAAGGGGUCCUAUUUGGGUCCCUGGGCCUGCGCCGUCUCCCCCCACCACCACCCCACCCCACCCCACCCCACCCCUGGCCCCGUCCAGUGCAGAGUGAGCGAGUUGCCCACCUGCCCCCCGCUAGGGCCUAGUGCAGACGGCUGGCCUGGUGCCGGGCGGGGAGCUGGGCCUACUUGGGUCCCUGGCGGCACCUCAGCUCCCGCCAGCUUCUCUGGUUCUCAGGGAGGGCGCUGCCCAGGACAAAACCCCCUAUCUGCCCCCCAUCCCUGGGCACCCCCUGCCCAGCACAGAGCCCAGGACCCAGCCCGGUGCAGACACCUGGGCUGGGGGAUUUGGAGUCUGGGCUCUGCGUUUUCUCUAAAUACCAUCCCGCCCUGCACCCCCAAUCUCUCGGCUGUCCUUCCUGAAAUAAA